CUAAAUUCGUAACUUUAUUUUUUUCAUCAUUUCAAUGGCACGCCGAGCAUGGAGCGAGGAGGAGGAGGAUACGUUGUUGACAAAUCUUACGAGCCUUGUCGAUCAGGGGGUUUGGCGAACCGACAACGGAGCAUUUCGCCCUUCCUACUUGGAAGUUCUAAAAAAUGAGAUGCGAGUUUCUUUCCCUCAAGCAAGUAUAAACAAAAUUCAUAUUGAAGGAAAGAUCAAAAAAUGGAAGAGUGAUUAUCGCAAACUAGACGCUAUGCUUAGGCGUCCUGGGUUCGGGUGGAAUCCAAAUGAAAACAAACUCGUGGUCGGAAAUGAAACUUGGAAUGAAUUUGUCCGAGAUCAAAGACAUCUGAGACAUUUCCGAGACAUGCAAUUUCCCCAUUUUAAUCGAUGGGCUUAUUGUUUUGUAUCUGAUGAGAAUUAGAAGUUCGAAGUUUAAUUUAAGGCAGGCAUUGGAAG